AUGGACAAGCUCAAGGAGAGAAUGACCUCCCUCCGCAUGGAGACCGAGGAGGCCCAGGCCCGGAACGAGGAGCUCAAGGCCCGCAUAAAGGUCCUCGAGCAGGAGAAUCUGACCAAAGAGCAAGAAAUCAGCUCCCUCACCCACCGCAAUACCCUUCUCGACGAGGAGGUCGAAAAACUCGAGAAGGCCCUCGCGGAUGCCAAAAACGCCGCUGACAGCGGAGCUGCCCACAGCUCGGAGCUCGAUGCUCUGCAGAGGAAGCUACAGUUGCUCGAAGAUGAGGCCGAAGAGGCGGACAAGAAUCUCCGGGAGACCAACGAGAAGCUCCGUCUUACCGACGUCAAGGCCGAACACUACGAACGCAAGGUUGCAACCGUCGAGUCCGAGCGAGACAUGUGGGAGAAGAAGUACGAGGAGAUCCAGGAGAAGUACAAGUCUUCCCAGGAGGAGCUCGACAAGAUUGCCCAGCAACUCAACGACUUUUGA